CCCGAUGCCUUGAGCACAGGUAUGGGGAACCACACCAUCAAUGGCUACGAAGACGCGCUGCACCCUCUCUCGUGGGCAGACGAUACGAAUCACGUGACUGACUCACGCGGACUUUUUAGAGGUCACUUUGACCUAAAGUCCAGCCCACCCAGUGGUCACUUUGACCUAAAGUCCAGCCCACCCAGUGGUCACUUUGACCUUAAGUCCAGCCCACCCAGUGGUCACUUUGACCUUAAGUCCAGCCCACCCAGUGGUCACUUUGACCUAAAGUCCAGCCCACCUAGUGGUCACUUUGACCUUAAGUCCAGUCCACCUAGUGGUCACUUUGACCUAAAGUCCAGUGGCCACUUCUCGCGGGCAGCCAGUAGUAGUGAAAGCAUCAAUACCAUAGACUGUGAGGACUCUGUUUUCAGCCCGGACGCCACCGGUUCCGCGGACUUUUUCGACUUCCGGCUGACCACGCCCCAGGUGACGUCAGGAUCACCUCCUGGUGGCGGUGCGAGACUCGCCGAGGACGGCUUGGGGAAUUCCCCGUUCCAUCCGCAGAGUUGCAGCCCGUCUCACAGCGCCAGUUCUGCUGAGUAUACGGCUGGGAUCCCACCCCCGAAAACAGCUCCGUAUUUCGAGAAAGAGGGGGAUCUUUCUGCCAACAUACCUGUUGCUGCUUCCAGCUGGGACGGGUCUCUCACUGCACCGAUGAUGUCUCAAUCCCUGUCAGUCGCCAGCGCAGAUUGCGUCAUCAAACGAGAGGUACUCGAACCCCUGCCCGUCAAAUACGAGUGUCAAAAGUCGCCCGUGGGCCCCUCGUUCCUCAGCCCGACGGCAGCCUCCGCAGCCGCCUCCCCCAACCACCACCACCACCACCAACAUCACCAGGGACAAUCCAACAACACUUUCCCGCUCUACCAAGACAGGAUGAACGGCUACACCAACGGUGACCUCAUGCAAAUAGGUCAAGGUCGCAGCAAUAACCCUCCCAACGCCAGCCCCUCGUGUCUCUCUUCAGUCACCACGCCCCCAUCCGCCUUUCCGCUUUCAGCACAAGGCCAAGGUCAAGGGCAGGGGCAGUGUCAAGGUCCCGCCCCCUACGGGGGUCAAGGUUACCCCGCCCCCGACUACCCUGCGACUUUCGGAGGCGGGCCGUACGCAGGCGUUCCGUACACGGGGAGCCGACCUUACCGUAGCUUCAGCAGCGAGCUCAACUCUCCUGACCUACCCCUGCCCGAGGAGCUCAGCAUGGACCUCGACUUCUCCAACAUCACAGACACGGAGCUCGACCAGUACUUCAACUACGGCAUGGACGGCAACAACAACAACAGCAACAUCAACAACAACAGCAGCAGUACUAACAGUAGCAACGGCGGUCGUCACAACAACAGCGAGGCCACACCCUCCACGUCAUCCAGCUCCUCCCCGGGCUCCUUUGGCUCCUCCCCCUCUACGUCAGCGACCACGCCCCCUUUCUGUGACAUAUCAUUGGUUCCCGCCAGUACCACCACGUCAUCGCCAGCUGCCAGCGAGAGUGCCGAGUCUACUUCCGGUUCAUCUGUGUCGUCAUCCAAGCACCAGUCAAGCUAA